AUGGGCCUCCCCAGGCUGUUGAAUUGUUUAACAUUUUGGGUUUGAAGAUGGGUGGGGAGGCCUGGAGAAGUUUCAACCCAGCAGCUCGUCCGGAUGGGUGGGGCAGAUUCCAAGGAAGGCCUGUCUACUGCUCCUGGCUUACAGGCCCACCCACCAACUAGGAUCCCAGGAGCCCCCAACUCCCAAUGUGGUGACACAAAGGCAUGUAGUACAUGCAGGGGCCGCCCACAUCCGAGGCUUACCAGGCUGCAGCACUGCGCUGCCGACAGCCUGCCACAGACACCGUGUGGUAGAGCCUUUGGUUAUGUGGCAGCUGGGGCCUUGGAGGGCCUAAGUCUCUUCCUUCUGCAGGCCACCUCUCUCCUCCUUCCAGAUCUGGAGCCUCUCCUCCCUAGGCUGCAGGAAGUGGUCUCAGCAGAUUUAGUGCUGUAGAGUCCAGAUGGGCCCUUGGGCUGAGUGGCCCUGUUCUUUCGUUUCAGGCCCCCUCUGAGAUCUGCAUGCCCCAUGAGCUUGCUGAGCCUGUUAAGAGUUCCCUCUGGACUCAGAAAAGCAGCCUCAGCACAGCUCCCCUUCAGCAAGCAACAGCCCAGCAAACAGUGCCUGGCAGAGCCAUGCUCCACAACGUCAGCCACAGCAAAGGUGCGGACUAUUCAGAUGCAUCCCUGAAGGGGCAGGAUAGGGACAGGGAAGGAGUAUGGGUAGGAGUUGGGGGAGCCCUGGCCCCCAACUCCUCCUCCCUGUUUCCACCUGAGCCUCCAGGGUCCUCAAGCAACAUCAUUCCUGUCUACUGUGCUCUCUUAGCUACUGUGGUUCUUGGCCUGCUUGCCUAUGUGGCCUUCAAAUGUUGGCGCUCACAUAAGCAAAGACAACAGCUGGCCAAAGCUCGGACUGUAGAGCUGGGGGACCCCGACAGGGACCAGAGGCAUGGUGACAGCAAUGUCUUCGUGGACUCUCCUUGUGGUGUGGAGGCUUCCAGCCAGGGAGCGCAUCCUGACCUUGGCGGCAGACUUUACCUGCAUAUUCCUCAGCAGCAGCAGGAGGAAGUUGAGCGGCUCUUGAUGUUGGGUGAACCUUCGAAGGGCUGGCAGGGGCUGGCAAGCCACCUGGGCUACCAAGCUGAGGCUGUGGAAACCAUGGCUGGUGGCCAGGUGCCAGCCUAUACCCUGCUAAGGGACUGGGCUGCCCAAGGAGGCAGUAGAGCUACCCUCAGAGUGCUAGAGGAUGCUCUGGCUGCAAUAGGCCGAGAAGAUGUGGUCCAGGUUCUGAACUCACCGGCUGAGGGCUUCUCUGUGGUGUGAGUGACACCUCCCAGUGCUCCCUGCACUGGCACUCAGCAUUCUCACUGCCUUGUAUCUCCUUCACAGGCUUCUAAGAACUUCUGGCUUCAGCCUGCUCUGUUGUGGCAGAGCACAGAAGAUCCAGCCAGUUCAUGUUCCUUCACCCUCCUCUCUUAAGACAGGAAGGGGAACAUGGAGGGAUGAGGGGGAGAGUGGGGCAUGGCCCUGCCCACAGGUCCUCAAUCUGCCUCUCUGUUUAGCUCCAGACAGUUUUUCUAUUAUUUUUUUAAAAUCACAUAUUAAAGGCACCUUUGGACUUUU